AUGGUCGGUAGUGAAGAUUUCAGCUUCCCAACAAUAAGUAAUCCUAUACCACUAUUUGCAAUCUCCCCGUCUUUAUGGCAUGUGUCUUCGAUUGUUUACCCUGAUGAAGAUGAUCAGAAGGUCGGCAGAUUCAACUUGGGAGGAAAUGAUGCGAGGAGGACUGGCCGAUUCCAGUCGGGGGAAAUUGAGGAGAAGAUGGACAUGCUGUGGGAGAAUUUCAAUGAGGAAUUAACAAGAGUUGAAGAGAGGAGGCAAUCCAAGUCAGAGAAAAUUGAUGUUUGUUGUGUGAAGGCGAUGAAUAUGGUGAGGAAGGGAAGUGAGUUGGAGUGUGAUAAGAGACCAAGCAAUCGCAUGAUGAUGAUUCUCAAGGUUUUGAAGAAGGUUUUCCUGCUCACAACUUCUCGUCCAAAUCCUAUCCACAGUAACUAG